AUGGGGUCCUUGGUCACAGUGCUGGUCAUCUUGUGGCAGUUCUGGGCCCUGCAAGGAGCCACAGGCCUGAGCGUGCACCAGGAGCCUAAGCUGCUACAGGUGAAGCAGGACAGCCAGGUGACCUUGACCUGUCAGGUGGUACUGUCUCAGGCCUUCGAGCAGCUCCGCGUCGAGUGGACCAAGGACAGUGUCACCUUGUGCCCGCCACACAUCACCAAUGGCACCCUCAGCCUGGGGGUCUGUGGGCCCCAGGGACGGCUCUCCUGGCAGCCGCCUGGCAAUCUCACCCUGCAGCUGGACCACGUGAGUCUUAACGACAGCGGGAACUAUGUGUGCUGGGCAACCAUGGAGAUUCCUGAGCUGGCGGAAGCCAAGGGCAACGGAACACAGCUCUUGGUGGAGGCAGGUGGGCCGCCAUCCAACCGCAACCAGAUCCUGGGCUCCCCAGAUAACCCUAUCUACAGUAACGUCCUAUACAAGCCCAGGGGACCCCCACGGAAGACUGAGGCAUGGCCUGUGGAGGGGAAGGCGCUGGACAUCCCCACGGUCAACCAGAAGCACGAGAGCUUCUAUGCCAUCUCCUUCCCCCAGCCACCCAUCCCCCAGCAGCGUCUGGCCCCCAAACCGUGCCCCAGUCCCAGGCCCGGUCGCCCCGUCUCCACACUCAGAACCUCUCCUUUCCCAGGCUCCUCUGGGUAGCCAAGGCCAAGAGGGUUCCUUGAACUGGGAAGAGGAGUCAGGACCCCAGAGAUCCAGAGAGGAGUGGCUAUGUAA